AUGACCCCUACUCCCGAUAACACCAGCCGAGAAGUUACAAAGGCGUAUGCAUACUAUAUUCCAAAAGGUUAUUUUUAUCUGGCGGCUGAGACUUGGGCGAACUUCAGGGUCGAGCAAACACAAAACUUCUCAAGAACAGAGAUUUACGAAAAUGAUUUAGACGUCAUGCUUGCUGCAAAUGAAAGCAAGGGCCUGUCCUUCCUACUGUCAAAUAAUACAACCAAUUGUCCGUACCACAAGCCUCCUAACAGUACAAACAGCCCAAAUAGACGAGUCAUUCAAUUUAUCUUGGGGCCAGGAGAAGAGAAACUGUUAAUACACCAAACUGUUACUUCUCCACUUACUUUUGCAUUUAUAAGACUUAUACAAUGUUGUAAGAUGUAUGAGAAUAAGCAAGAAAGCCGUUUGUACCUCCAGAGACCAGUGUUGCUACUUGAGGAAAUGGAUCGUGUCGUUUUCAAAGAUACCUUGGCUCCCAAAGUUGACCAUGUCCGUGAAAAACUGUACAAAAUUUUGUUUGGGAAUAUGUCGAUAGCUAAAGGAGUUUUACCUUUUUGGAAUACGAUCUGCGAUUGGGCUAGAUAUCUUCAAUCGGAUAAUCCUGAGCAUUGUCUAAUAUUGGGACUUCAGACUUACAAGCUCGCAAAGCAGUAUUGUGCACAUAAUUAG